AUGAUUAUCAGUGGUGAUGUGACCAAAAAAACCAAAUCAUGCAGUUCCAUCCUAAGUGGCAUUCCAGGUGGUAAAUGGGAACAAGCCAUGCGAUUAGCUUCACCUAGCUGCGAAUUCAGAACAUGCGCAGAGUACAUGCCUUGCACUAAGUCGAUCCAACGGCUGAACACAAAAAAACGUACAAAACAAUUGUUUAACAAAAUUCAAGAAAAGCCAGCGGAAAGAAGUGAACA